GGCUUGCGACAGAUCGCGCUCCGAGUCAGUCCCUAGUGCGCAUAGUUUGUGUCAGUACGGACAGUUUUUCUUCGGACCUCCUCCACCGAGCGUGCGAGGCUGCUGUUGUAUACUUGUGUGUUUUUUUGUGAAUCGAAUCGAAUUUAUUUAUUUCGCUCUAGUGUGUGAUUACAUUGCGUUAUUUUGUACUGAGUGCGUUCCAAUUCCUGUGCAAUAGUGAGUAGUGUGAGCGUGUGUUCCUUUCCUAGAGUGUCUAGAGUGUUGCUGGUUAGCCACUGAGGAUUACAAAUUUUCAACCAUAAAAUGUUAACGCCUCGGAUACUAAGAAUAGCGAUAGUGCUAUGCAUCCUCAUUGCGAUCUUCUCCCAAGCGACAGACAGUGCGCAAACAAAGCGAAGAAUAAGGCGACCCACCAACCUAAAGUCAUCCGUAGCCAAGCCAGAAGAUAAUCAAAUCCCCACGAAAAAGGCACAGGAUCGAUCGGAUCAGGCGCCCGCCUCGGCUACAAAUCGAUUCCGCGUGCGCACGAAAACGCGUGGCUCUGUGGCGGCCGGUGCGGCCGGUACUGCCGUCGUAGCUGGCGCUGCUACUUCUGCGCUUAUUUCCAAGAAGGCACAGCUCGACAGUGAUGGCUACAAGAUCGUCUGCUACUACACCAACUGGUCGCAGUACCGUACCAAGCUCGGUAAGUUUGUCCCGGAGGACAUCCCGGCCGACCUUUGCACCCACAUCAUCUUCGCCUUCGGUUGGCUGAAGAAGGGCAAGCUCAGCUCGUUCGAAAGCAACGACGAGACGAAGGACGGCAAGACGGGCCUGUACGAGCGCAUGAUGACGCUGAAGAAGGCAAACCCCAAGCUGAAGGUGCUGCUCGCCAUCGGCGGCUGGUCGUUCGGUACGCAAAAGUUCAAGGAAAUGUCGGCCACCCGUUACGCUCGCCAAACGUUCAUCUACUCGGCCAUCCCGUUCCUGCGCCAGCGUGGUUUCGACGGGCUCGAUAUGGAUUGGGAGUAUCCGAAGGGUGGUGACGAUAAGAAGAACUUUGUGCUGCUGCUCAAGGAACUGAAGGAAGCGUUUGAUGCCGAAUCGCAAGAAAUCCGUCAGCCACGGCUGCUCCUGACGGCGGCCGUCCCUGUGGGUCCGGAUAACGUUCGCGGUGGAUAUGAUGUUCCGGCUGUCGCUAGUUACCUAGACUUCAUCAACCUGAUGGCGUACGAUUUCCACGGAAAGUGGGAACGCGAAACGGGACACAAUGCUCCACUGUACGCACCGUCGUCGGAUAGUGAGUGGCGCAAGCAACUGUCGGUAGACUAUGCCGCCAAUCUGUGGGUAAAGUUGGGUGCCCCUAAGGAGAAGCUGGUCAUCGGUAUGCCAACGUACGGACGAUCGUUCACACUGUCCAACACGGAACGGUACAAGGUCAACUCUCCUGCGAGCGGCGGUGGUAAGGCUGGCGAGUACACGAAGGAGUCCGGCUUCCUGGCGUACUACGAAAUCUGCGAGAUGCUGCUGAACGGUGCAGUGUACAUUUGGGACGAUGAGAUGAAGGUGCCGUACAUGGUGGACGGUGAUCAGUGGGUUGGUUUCGAUGAUGAGCGCGCGAUCCGCAACAAGAUGAACUGGAUCAAGACGAACGGAUUCGGUGGUGCUAUGGUGUGGACGGUCGAUAUGGAUGACUUCUCCGGUACGGUGUGCGGUGGAAACGUCAAGUAUCCGCUGAUCGGUGCCAUGCGUGAGGAACUGCGCGGUGUAAGCCGUGGAAAGGAGGCGAAGGAUGUCGACUGGUCCUCGGUGGCUGCUACCAUUGUGGAGAAGGAAGUCGAAAAGCCCGCUCCGAUCAAGAUCUCCGUCGCGGAGGUACUCGCAAAGGUCCAGAAGCCACAGAAGAAGAUCAUCAAGCAGGGACUUGCCACGGUGGAGAAAAACUCACGACCAGCCCAAGUGUUCUGCUACUUGACGAGCUGGUCAGUGAAGCGCCCCGGUGCCGGAAAGUUCGAACCGAAGGACGUUGACGCGACCCUCUGCACCCACAUCGUGUACGCGUUUGCCACACUCAAGGACCACAAGCUAACGGAAGCGAACGAGAACGACCCGGACAUGUACGAUGAGGUGAUCGCACUGCGCGAGAAGAACCCCGACCUCCAGAUCCUGCUCGCCAUCGGUGGCUGGGCGUUCGGUUCUACCCCCUUCAAAGAGCUCACCUCCAACGUGUUCCGCAUGAACCAGUUCGUGUACGAAGCGAUCGAGUUCCUGCGCGAGUACCAGUUCAACGGGCUCGAUGUCGACUGGGAGUAUCCGCGUGGUGCGGACGAUCGCAAAGCUUACGUUGAUCUGCUCCGUGAGCUGCGUGUUGCGUUCGAAGGUGAGGCGAAGACAUCGGGACAACCCCGUCUGCUGCUGACUGCUGCCGUCCCUGCAUCCUUCGAAGCGAUCGCCGCUGGAUACGACGUACCGGAGAUCUCCAAAUAUCUUGACUUCAUCAACGUCAUGACGUACGACUUCCACGGACAGUGGGAACGGCAGGUUGGACACAACUCGCCCCUGUUCCCGCUAGACUCAGCCUCCAACUAUCAGAAGAAGCUCACCGUGGACUAUAGUGCGCGCGAAUGGGUGAAGCAGGGUGCACCGAAGGAAAAGCUGCUGAUCGGUAUGCCCACGUACGGUCGCUCGUUUACGCUCGUCAACCAGACGCAGUUCGACAUCGGUGCACCGGCGUCCGGUGGUGGUUUGCCCGGCAAGUUCACCAACGAGGCCGGUUUUCUGAGUUACUACGAAAUUUGUGCGUUCCUCGGUGUGGACAAUACGACGCUCGUGUGGGAUUCGGAGCAACAGGUGCCAUUCGCUUACCGUAAGGAUCAGUGGGUCGGUUUCGAUGAUGAGCGAUCGCUGAAGACGAAGAUGGAAUGGCUUAAGGAGGAAGGAUUCGGUGGUAUUAUGGUGUGGUCGAUCGAUAUGGAUGAUUUCUCGGGUCGCUGCGGAAGCGGCAAAUACCCACUGCUGAACGUACUGACCAGCGAGCUGAAGGACUACAAGGUGCAGCUGGAGUACGAUGGCCCGUACGAGUCCUAUGGACCACGUGGUGCCUAUACGACCAAGGAUCCCAACGAAGUGACCUGCGCCGAGGAGGACGGUCACAUUAGCUACCAUCCGGAUAAGGCCGACUGUACGCACUACUUCAUGUGCGAGGGCGAACGCAAACAUCACAUGCCAUGCCCGGCCAACCUGGUCUUCAACCCGAACGAGAACGUGUGCGAUUGGCCCGAAAACGUGGAAGGAUGUCAGCAUCACACGCAAGCACCGGCGGCCAAGUAGACGAAGCCCGGCGUCGUCGGGGUUGCUUUGGGGGUUGCCCCAUUCCUGUGGGUUAGAAAAAAGCGGUACCAGUGUAUUCCGCAAGGCGACAAUCGUGAGCCAUUCCGCAAUCGGUCAUCUACAUGCGUCCUGUUUCCCGUGUUUCCGUGGUCCAAUCUUACUGCCGUUUCGAUUAAGCGUAUUGAUUUAAAAGAAGAACAAAAUACUCCACACUGCCCGUACACUGCCCGGUGUGCUCUACUUGAUCGUCACACGAAAUAUGGCGCAGAAAGUGUGACUCGCGACGCCUUGGAGCCACUGAACUUGUAAAUAUAUUCUAUAUCGUAUGCCACACGUCCCUUUUUACACUUGACGCACUUUCGCGCGAAGAUUUAAACAGAUGCAAGUCCAACAACUUUUCCUUAAAACAAAAUACCACUCGAUGAAUUCUUUUAUCCUUCGCCCAUCACAGUUUGCGAGAAGCUACGCCCAGAAGUGCAUCAUUUAUUUAUAUCAAACCCUAUACUAAAUUCCUUUUCUGCUACAACAACAAGCCCCCGGUUGGCGGUUAGUCUGGCGGCUGUCAAUGACUUUCAAACCGGCAAAGGGAUCGGAUGAGUAUGUUUGUGAGGCCCUCCCCUCAACUCUUAACUUUGCUCUUGUUCUAAACAUUUAAACGCGAUGCUAUUUAUGAAAAAAGAGAUAAAGCUUAAAACGGUAGCACAGAACCGCGGCUGAAGAACAGACGUCGUGCAUCAUCCAACCAGUAGGCGGGAGCCACCCAAUCGGCCAGCCAUGUUCACGCACAUAGUUUCAAACCAAGUCCGUUACAGUUGACGACACCUCCGAUGUUUGUUUGCUUGUUUUUUGUUGGUUUUUUUUUUAAACACCAGUAAUAUCUGUAAAUGUCGUCGUUUUUUUUUGAUAGAUGUAUAAAAACUGUGAUAAUUAAGUGUAUAUAACGAAGAAUAAAAAACAUGGAGCCAGCGAAAGCUACGUCAGCGCUCGACGGGGUGGGGUAAAGUAUGAAUGAAACAGGAAAGGUGAUUGGGAACGAGAAGGAUAAAAAGAAAGCAGAGAUAAUGGAAGAAAGAAGGAUAAAAAGCGCCUUAAUAACAACACAAAGAGCGGAAGAAAGAACGAAAAAAAACAAGCAAUAAAACAACAAACAAACGGCAAACAUUUAGGGAAGAAUCAAGAACAAAAAAAACUUAGGAACAGAACAAACACAUAUCAAACAAACACAGCAACAAACCUGAACAACACUCGUGCACAAGGAAACCAGCGAUGAAGCGAUGUUUACCGUACGAAACGGGGGAAGAAAAGCAGGAACUGUUUAAGCUAAAACAGAUUUAGCUCAUUUUCUGUUUAUGAGAAGAUGACUCCAUACAGGACAAGCAAGCUGCAUAGGGAGUAGCAAGGAAUGAAACAAUGCGAAACGGAGACGCACCAUCGCUCCUCAUCAUCACGGCACGGAACGGAAAGACGUCAGCUUCAAGGACUCUUCCCGGUGCUGGCAAUGAGUUCGAAAAGUGUCCGCAUACGGGAGGCGUAGUUUCCGUUCCGCGUGGAAGCGAUCGAGAGAGUGAGAGCAAGGAUCGGCAGAAGAAGAGCAAGAUCAGCAGCGACAAUACUUUAUUUUUAAUGUAAAAAAAUAUGUUAAAUGUACUUUUUUGAUGAAUAAAUCACUUACUAGUAUAAAAA